AUGGCAGCAAUAGUAACGGGCCUCAUCCCAAUCCUGAGAACAGCAGUGGAUACCACCGCCACCUACAAGUGCCGCUCCCUGUGGUUCGGCCUGCUGUGUGUCCGACUUGUGGUCCUCUUCUUUGCUGAGCUGCCCUUCAGCAAACUGGAUGCUGACUUCACCUGCAAUAGCAGCACCCCCGAUGUCUGCACGAAAUUCUGUUUUAAUGAACGAUUCGACAAGCCCAUGAUAGUGGCUUGGAACUUCAUGUUUGUCGUGGUUGUCAUCUCUGUCCUGCUCAUGGAGUUGUUCACCUCCCACCUCCGCACAAUGGCGCAGAAGAGGAGCUUCAGGAUGAAGGCGGAUGAGAAGCCGGAGACUCAGGGGGCAGAGGAAGCUCAGACGGUGGUAGGCAGGGGCAAGAUGAUCAUAGAUCUCCACAAAGACAGGAGCACCGUAGGCUUCUACCUGCUCAGCAUAGCUCUGCGGAUUCUGGUUGAAGCCUGCUUUUUAUUUUUGCUGCUUUAUUGGAACCUGCACGCACUCCGUGAUGAACACACGUGUACAAAAGAAGGCUGCAAAUAUGUUUGCAUUUUGAGGGCUGCCCCGGAGAAGCGCAUGUCUAUUUAUGCUUUAGCUUCUAUCUCAGGCAUAAUCAUUGCUUGCUCAGUUUUGUUUUGCGUUUACUCUAUUGUCCACUACCUCUGCAACGCUUAA